AUCCAGAAACAUGAGUGACCUUGGAGGGGUGGGAGAGACCCUGUUCUUCAACCAGUCCUCAGUUACCAACAAGAACGCCACCAGUUCGACUCACUGUGGUCCGGUGGAAACACAGGGGGCCCAUCUUUUCCUCAUGCUGUUCUACAGCCUGGUGUUUCUGGUGGGUCUGCUGCUGAACGGCUUCACUCUGAAGGUCUACUUCUGCCGUGCUCAGCAGCAGACGUCCAGCAGCGUGACCAUCUACCUGAAGAACCUGGCGGCUGCCGACUUCCUCAUCAGCCUCUGCCUCCCCAUACGAAUCAUCAACUUAGCCAGCAACUCUGUCCCUGUCCGCCUAGUCUACUGCAACUUUGGUGCCUCCGCCUUUUACCUCAACAUGUACGCCAGCAUCCUGUUCAUGGGUUACAUCGCAGCCAACAGGUAUUUGAAGAUUGUCCAUCCUUUAGGAACUCACAUCCUGCAGACGGUACGAGCCACUCAUGUCAUUUCCACGGUAACCUGGGUUCUUCUCCUGGCCAUGAUGAUGACAUACGUCCUCCUGUCGCUGCUCACACAGGAAUCAUUACAGUCUGUCCCCAUGACAGUGAGCUGUGACGUCCUACACAGCCAACUGCUCAGGGUGCUUUACAAAGUCUUCCACACCUGCUCUGCCGUCAUCUUCCUGCUCGUUCUCAUCUCCCUGGUCUUCUUCUACUACAGCACCUCCCACAGGCUGUCGCUGGCACAGCAGAGGCAGCUGGCAUCCUCCAGCUCCAAGAAACUCGCCAAGUCCCGCAGGAACAUGUUGGUGCUAGUCAGUGUCUUCUGCAUUUGCUUUGUUCCUUACCACCUGGUCCGUCUUCCCUACGCCUUCUUGAAGAGGCAGUGCUCGUGGAGCCAAGCGUUCUUCUACCUGAAGGAGCUGACUGUCAUGGUGUCUGUUCUCAACGUCUGCCUGGACCCACUCAUCUAUUUCCUCUUCUGCAAGGCCUUCCGGGCCCAGAUGAGCCUGAGGAGGAUGUUCAGCACCACGCAGGUCACGACACACGCAGAAAGAUUUGAGGGGAGAAGCAGCGCCGAGCAGAGGAGCACCAUCAGAACCAACAGGAAGACGUCACUCAUUAUGACAACAAAGCAGAACUAUGUGCUGUAGCUUCAGGCCAACAGAGACCAACACCCAUGACUCUUGUUAAAAACAACAAUCACAUCACAACUAUAAACAUCCAACAAGUAGAGUCCACAGGUAUAAAAAGACCAGCCAAUAGGAGUCGUCCAUUUCAGUCUCCUGCUUUCAAACAGAAGAAUUCAGGCUCCUUACAGACCUGGGUCUUUUACUCUUGCAUUUUGUGUUUCUUUCUUCUUUCUGAUUUUUUUUGACACUGAACAUUAGAAGGUCAAAUGAUAAAUCAUGUAAAGUGACAUCAGUGAGCUAAAGUUGCCAGGCCGGAUUUAACAAGGAAGUAAAUUUCAUAACUCAUCAACUAUUGUAUUUUAUGUGGUUCAGUACACUGUAUGGACAU